AUGGCGCGGGGUCUCCUUUGGCGGAGCAAGGCUGUCGUAAGCGACUGCCCCGAGGUGACCCUGCCUCAUGGGUGGCUCCUCAGCCCCUUCGCCGCGGGUCCUUCUCGGAUGUCGUUGGAGGCGGACGCUCUCCCCGUCGACAUGACGGCGCCGCACAGCAUGGACUCUGUGUACAUCGCCGUGGAGCUGGUGAUCGCAGUGCUCUCCAUCGUGGGCAACGUCUUGGUGUGCUGGGCGGUGGCCAUCAACAGCACCUUGAAGAACGCCACCAACUACUUCUUGGUCUCGCUGGCCGUGGCCGACAUCGCUGUGGGCCUGCUGGCCAUCCCCUUCGCCAUCGUCAUCAGCAUCGGCCUGAAGACCGACUUCCACUGCUGCCUCUUCCUGGCCUGCUUCGUCCUGGUCCUCACCCAGGGAUCCAUCUUCAGCCUCCUGGCGGUGGCCGUCGACCGGUACGUGGCCAUCAAGAUCCCGCUUAGAUACAAGAGCCUAGUGACCGGAAAGCGGGCCCGGGGUCUCAUCGCCAUCCUCUGGAUCCUCUCCUUCGGCAUCGGCCUCACGCCUCUGAUGGGUUGGAACCGCUGGGGGACGGUCACCAAGAACUGCACAAACAGCCCGGAAGAAGAGGAAGAGGUGGCGCCAGGGCUGUGGCACGGCUCUCCAACUUGCUUGGUCCCAUGCCUUUUUGAGAUCGUGGUGCCCAUGAGCUACAUGGUCUACUUCAACUUCUUUGGCUGCGUCCUCCUGCCGCUGGUGAUCAUGCUGGGCAUCUACAUCAAGAUCUUCAUGGUGGCCUGCAAGCAGCUGAGGCAGAUGGAGCUCAUGGGCAACUCCCGGACCACGCUGCAGCGGGAGGUCAACGCCGCCAAGUCCCUGGCCAUCAUCGUGGGCCUCUUUGCCCUCUGCUGGCUCCCCCUUCACAUCCUGAACUGCCUGACCCUCUUCCGGCCGGACUUCGCCAAGGUCAAGCCCGACUGGGUGAUGAACCUGACCAUCAUCCUCUCCCAUGCCAACUCCGUUGUGAACCCCAUCAUCUACGCCUACCGGAUCCGGGACUUCCGCUACACCUUCCGUAAGAUCCUCUCGCGGUACCUCCUCUGCAAGGCGGAGGAGUUCCCCAAGUACCCCAAAAAGGGCGGAGGCGGGGGCAGCAGUCGCCAGCUCGCCGUCAGCAACCUCAGCACAUCCCCGGCCUUCCUUUGAGGGAGGUCGCUGGCGACGCUUCUCCAGACUGUGACAAAAGCGAUGCUCCCGAAGGAGCCUGUGACCAAUCUGUACUGCUGUGGUUGAACUAUGAAUCUCUGUGACGCACAGAUACACACACAUAUGUUAUCCUGGACUGAGAAAAAGGGAAUAGGGAUGGGAUAGAUUACCUCUCAAGAUCCCUUCCGACUCAAAAGUUAACACUUAAAAAUUAUAGGAUCGGCAUUUUGUGUUUGGGACGAACCUGACGCCUCUCAGAGGAAUUCAAUGCUGCCUGAGCCCUUUUCCAGAGUCUUAGUAUGGGACUACCAUUCCCAUAAUCUCAAUGACAGAAGGAGUGCUGAGGAUUAUGGGCAUGGUAGGCUACAGAAAAGGUUAACGUUUCCAAGCUCUGCCCUUAACAAAUAUGGGAAAGAAUACAUUUUUAAAAAGAGGAAACAGCGUAUUAAAUUCUUGCCUCCGUAACAAGA